GGGCAGCGGCUCCAAAACAAAGGGCAGGCGGCCCGCGGGGCGGCGGCGGCGGGAGGAUGCCUCGCGCCCUGCCAGGGCGCCAACGGCCGCAGCGCGUGCCGGGCAGCGCCGUGGCCGCCUGGGAACCGAGCCCGCGCUGACGGGGGUCCGGGCCGGAUGGGCGCUGCGGGCCGGGGCGCGGACCGCCGAGCGGCCAAAGCUAGAUCUGCUGAUCAGCAAGACCUCUGGAGAGUGGGAAUUCUGACAAGAGAUUUUGGAGAAGCUGGAGAAAGUUCUGAACAGCCAAGACACAGAGGGCUGAGGGCUCUGGAGAGGACAGUGUGCGCUGGAUUCAGGAAAGGAGCCACCAUUCCUCCUGUGACAGACACCAGGAAGCUGCUGACACCUGCCCUCUCGUGACAGUAAAGCAGAAAUCUUGGAGCCAGCCCGUGGAGGUGCCCACCCCGGAGGGCCCUCCCCGGGGCCUUGUGAGGAGUCGAGAUGAGCUCACCAACUUCCUCCAAACUAACAGCGACACAUGUGAUUCUCUGGACUGCCCCGUGAACUGAGUGUGUCCCCCAUUUUACAGAUAAGAUACCCAGUUGUACGCCAUUUUCUGGAAAAACCUCUUUGCCAGUGAGUUGCGGUGGCGCCUUGGCCCUGUCUGGCGUCGUGUCUCCGUAGCCGCGUGGACAGCUGCACACGCCCCCCCAGCGCCGGCGGCUCUCGCGUGCAUGUUUCAGUGUCUGCUUUGUCGGCGAGCCCAGAGCUGCCGUUCUUCGAGUGCCGGCGCCGAGCUGAGCGAGGAGGGUCCAGCGGACACGGUGAAGAUGACAAAGCCCAAGACCUUCCAAGCUUACCUGCCAAACUGUCACCGAACGUACAGCUGCGUCCACUGCAGAACCCACCUAGCCAAUCACGACGAGCUGAUCUCCAAGUCUUUCCAGGGAAGUCAGGGCCGCGCCUACCUCUUCAACGCUGUGGUGAACGUGGGCUGCGGCCCCGCAGAGGAGAGGGUGCUCCUCACCGGCCUGCACGCCGUCGCGGACAUCUACUGUGAGAACUGCAGAACCACGCUUGGGUGGAAAUAUGGUUUGGCCCUGGGAAGCCUCUGGCGCCACCCUCCCGGCCUUCCUCUGAUCUCAGCCUACUUGGAGCUCCUGCUGAAACUCCCAGACUUGCGGCUCUGCCCAGCUCCUGCCCUGGCAGAAGGCGCCUGCCGCUCCUCGCACACCCACCCACCUCCAGCCUGGGAGAGGCCCGGUGGCAUGGCACCUGUCCUCGUGGAGGAGCAUGCCUUUGAGAGCAGUCAGAAAUAUAAGGAAGGAAAAUUUAUCAUUGAGCUUGCCCACAUGAUCAAAGACAAUGGUUGGGAGUAAAGAGAAAACUUUCCAUUU